AUGCCAAAAGAUGUGUCUCUGGAUUUUUUACCAUCCAGUUUUCCGAGUUGCGAAUGCUCGAGUGAUGGAAGGUUAGCCUUCUGUAACGGCGGACGCGUGCAAAUUUUGACUCCUUCCCAUGAAAUUAAUACUCCAAGCUACAUCAAAUCACUCGCUAUAUUGGAGAAUUAUGAUGAAAAUGACCGAAUGCAUUCGCGUAGGUAG